AUGGAGAUUCCGGUGAUUAGAAGCUCGCCGGUGAAUCUUGGAAGAGCUAUUGAUGCUGGGUUCUGUAAUUUCAGCAAGAACCUGAAUUCUAAGGUCUCUAUGGUCAAGAAUAACUCAAAAACAUGCAAUAUUGUUCAAAGUCAGAGCUUGAAAUGGGAAUCAAAAUCUGCAAUUCGCUUGACGCUUAAAGCCUCUGCCACUGCCCAAACUGAAGCUGCUGUCAUUUCUGAGAAAGGUUCAAGAAAUUCCAGAACCAAGCCCACUGAUGGCGUGAAAUUAUAUGUUGGGUUGCCACUCGAUGCUGUCUCCAACUGUAAUACAGUGAAUCAUGCACGAGCAGUUUCUGCAGGGCUGAAGGCUCUGAAGUUAUUAGGAAUAGACGGAGUGGAGCUACCAGUCUGGUGGGGAAUAGCUGAAAAGGAAGAAUCAGGAAAAUACGACUGGACAGGCUACCUUGUUCUCGCAGAAAUGGUCCAAAAACUGGGUCUAAAGCUUCACGUAUCACUCUGUUUUCAUGCAUCCAAAGAUGCCAAAAUUCCACUUCCCAAUUGGGUUUCUCGGAUUUGUGAAUCACAACCAGAUGUUUACUUUACAGAUCGAUCAGGACAGCGUUUCAAAGAUUGUCUAUCAUUAGCUGUCGAUGAUCUGCCUGUUCUUGAUGGAAAGACUCCAAUCGAAGUGUACACUGAGUUCUGCACGAGUUUCAAGGUUUCAUUCUCUCCUUUCAUCGGGUCCACAAUCACGGGAAUAUCAAUUGGUCUUGGACCAGAUGGCGAGCUUCGGUAUCCAUCUUGCCACCAUCGUUCCAAGAACAAUAGCCAUCGUGGAGCCGGAGAAUUCCAGUGUUACAACAAAUACAUGCUUGAAAAUCUUAAGCAGCACGCAGAAUCACAUGGGAACCCUCUGUGGGGACUAAGUGGUCCCCAUGACGCUCCCCGUUAUGACCAGUCACCAAUGUCAAGCGGCUUUUUUUCGGAGCACGGAGGAUCAUGGGAGACGCCAUAUGGUGAUUUCUUUCUUUCUUGGUACUCAAGCCAACUAAUAUCUCAUGGAGAUCGCAUUUUGUCAGUCGCUGCCUCAACUUUCGAAGAUACCGACAUUAUAGUGUCAGGUAAAGUCCCCCUGAUGCACUCGUGGUAUAAAACCCGUUCCCACCCUUCAGAGCUAACGGCCGGGUUCUAUAACACAACCAAUAGAGACGGUUAUGAGGCCAUUGCUGAAAUCUUCUCAAGAAAUUCCUGCAAAAUUGUACUUCCUGGAAUGGACCUGCCAGAGGAGGACAAAAUAAAUGAAACCCGCUCGAGCCCAGAAUUAUUAUUUGCACAGAUAGCAUCAGCUUGCGGAAAACAUGGAGUACAAAUCUCUGGUGAAAACUCAUUGGUUUCGGUCAGUCCUAGGGGUUUUGAACAGAUCAAGAAGAACUUGGUGGAUCAAAAUGUAGUUGACUUGUUCACGCAUCAAAGAAUGGGAGCUCAUUUCUUUUCUCCCGAGGAUUUCCCUUUAUAUACUAAAUUUGUUCGGAGCCUGAAUCAAGCGAAUCUGCAUUCAGACGACCUAGUUACAGAAGAGGAAGAAACUGCUCUCUCUCUCCCGAGUGCAAAUCUCCGUAUGCAAGCUGCUUAG